GGGUAACGUGGCUAUCGAGACGCUCCGCCACCCGCUCGAGGCCACCGUCUGGAUCACCGGCUUCGCUGCCUUCCUCAUAGAGGUGCCUGUGGCGAGCCUCGUCGGUAACAUCGCCGCCGGAUCCGCUGAUACAGGCUUCAUGAUCCGCCCCUCCUUGGACGCCUGCGUCGAGGGAGACGCUGGGCUGGCCCCACUGGACGAGGAUAUGAUGAAUGAGGCCGUGGCUUGCAUGACCGGCUUCUUCAUCCUGCGUGGCUGGUGGGCUGGCAACUGCGCCACGCUGCGCGGGGCCGUGGCCUGGAAGAAUAGUCACAUCGGCGUACUCACGGUGGACCAAACCAUGAAUUUCCGCAUGGAUUCCGUUCUGCUGUCCGACAAUCACAUCGGCACUUCUCUGCACUUCAACCGUGCUCGCGACGACAACGAGCACCGUGUCUACAUGCACAACGUGACCAUCUUCGGCUCCACGGCGGCUUCCACGUGCGAUGCGUCCAUCGGCUGCCGCGCCUACGGUAGGUCGGACAUGGUGGGAUUUGGGUGCAACUCCGUGGUGGGUUCCGUGUUCAGGCGGGUCGGUUUCCUCUCGCACGUCGUCAACGGCAUCGGGAAGUUGUGCGAGGUUGGCGGCCAAGUCCCCGUGUGCCGGCCACCCAACACUCCGCAGAAGUUGUGCGUGAUGCCUUGGGAGCACCGCCUCGGCAGCCACGGCUCGCGCUAUUCGGAGGUGAUCUGGACGUCGCCCACCUUCGGGCACUUCAGCAGCGACGACUGCGGCACACCCUCUGUGGCUUUCACGAACAAUCCCACGGGGAUCGACAUGUUUCACCCGAAUCGCUUCUCCGAUGUCGUCUGGCUGAGCACGGUUUCCGACGACGCCCGCAUCGACCUGGCCGACUGGUCCGGGGCUGCUUCGUGGAAUCGCGUCCAGUGCGACGGAGCGUGCGACGGCGUCCUGCAGGCGGCUUUGCUGGACAUGGACGGGAGCCUGCUGGGCGUCGGGGCCGAAGGCUCAGCGGUGACGAGCCUGAACCCCGACCUCGCGACGAGCUCCUGCGAAGAACGGCCUGGCCACUUCGCUUGUCCAGAUCUCAAGCCGCGGGUGCUCUGGUGGGAAGCUUAUGACGUCAAUAUCCCUGCGGUCUUCAGCAGGUUCAAGGCCUGGCGCGAGUCGGACGAGCGGUCAACGUGGUCAUCUGGCCCGUACGACGACGGCUGCAUCCCGGACCCGCCCGACCAGGACCGGUACUGGCUGCUCCGGCCCAGCGACCGCUACAACUUGACAAUGUUCGCCUCGCCCCCAAAGCACCACCGGCUGUUCUACUUCAGCGAGAUCCCGGCCUCGGUACGCCUGGACAUCUUCCUGACCCAGCCCUUCCAGCUGCAGGUGUACGUGGACGGCGUGCUGCUCGGGGAUGAGUUCGACACCAGCAUCGCCUGCGCGACGUGCUCCACCGCGACCCCGGUGGCAGAUCCCGAGUCGGAGCCAGAGCCCGAGUCGGAGCCGGAGUCCGAGGCGGAGCCAGAGUCCGAGGCGGAGCCGGAGGCCGAGGCGGAGCCAGAGUCCGAGGCGGAGCCGGAGUCCGAGUCGGAGCCGGAGUCCGAGGCGGAGCCGGAGUCCGAGGCGGAGCCGGGGUCCGAGGCGGAGUCGGCCGAGAGCACCUCGCGAGCCGAGGCUCGGCUGCCCGUGCUCUCCGACCCCCACGGCUCGCACGCCUUCGACCCCCACGCGCGCCGCUUCUAUCUGGUGAUGCACGGCGGCAUACACAGCGGGACGGAGGCGACUCGGGGAGGCGGGUGGAUCAUGUUAAAGAUGAUUCAGGUCGUGCAGCUCUCCCUCACUGUCUCGAUCCCCGCGCAGCAGUUCGACAGUUCAAGCUUUAUUGACAAUUUGGCGUUGCUCCUCCAGAUCGACCCAUCCCGGAUCAAGGUGGUCUCGGUGCAGGUCAGAGCCCGUCGGCUACGUCGCCUCGUAGCUGCGAACAUUUCCAACGACACCGCCGACGAGAACGGGACCUCUGCAGCCUCAGGCUUGUCCCUCACGGUUCAGAUCGCAGAAGAGGAAGCCGUGCCGGUCGAUGCGGUCAAUGCCUCCAAUUCAACAAAUGAAACCAAUUCGACGAAUGAAACAAAUUCGACGAAUGGUUCGAGCGAGGUCGAUCUUGGAGUCUCAUGGAACGUGGAGUCGUUGGCCGCGCUCCAGGAGAUCGCUACCAAGUUCCAAGAGAAAGUGGCCAGCGGCGAGGCCACCAUGGCGUUGGGCGCCGACGUCGAGGAUGUUCUGGUUGAGGUCUCGGAGCCGACCCUGGAAAUGGCGACGUCGACGAGCACGACCACCACCACAACGACGCAGACCAAUACCACUGAGACGAGUACGCUCUCGCUUACCAGCGGCACAACGUCGACUGCCACUUCUGCUUCCACGACGGUCAGCACAACAACUUCUGUUCAUACAACUUCCGCCACGGAGACCACAUCCGCCACCUCCACUACCACGGUUCACACGAGCACCGCCUCCACGCUUUCGGCGACCAGCAGCGCCACAGGGACCUCCGCGACCACUCGCACCGAGACAGGCACAACAACAUCGACUUCAAGCGCGACUACCCCCACCGAGACAGGCACGACCACAUCGUCCUCCAGCGCGACCAGCACUUCCACGUCCGACACCAGCAAGACUAUCAGCGCGUCUUCUACCACGACCGUGCACACCACAAGUGCAACCUCGACCACGAGUGCUACGCAAGCUGCAAGAGUGACAUCGACCACGACCGCCUUUAGUAACACUGCCCAUACCCAGACUGUUGCAAUGUUGGUGCAGAACGUGGACUACGACUCGUUGCUGGCCAAUUCGUCCAUCAUGGAGUCGUUCAAGCUGGCGUGCGCGGAGGCAGUUGCAGCGCAAGCAGGCCAAGGCAUCGCGUCUAGCGAUGUGCAUGUGACAGUGUACGACGGCUCCGUGAUCGUCUCGGCCCUUGUCACAAUUCCGGAUACAAUUUCUGCGGCCACAGUAGCCGACAACUUGGGCUCAUUCGACUCUCUCGCCGACGCGGUGUUGCAGGCCGUGCAGGCCGUGCCUGGCAUCGUGACAGUCCAGACUGGUGCAAUCGGCGUCAUACAGGCGAUCACCACCACCGCGUUGGGCAGCACCACCUUGUCGCACAAAGAAGACGAAGAGGAGACCGUCAACGUCGCCAUUGUUUUGAUGUUUGUUCUGGGGGUCAUCUGUGUUGGUGGGAUGUGUGGCGUAGUCCUCGCGCGGGCUACCAGGAGAAAGGGCGAGGUUUCGGAGUUCUGCGGGAUCUUCGAUGUCGCUUCGCCCAAGAACACGCAGAGUGCGGUCACGCAGAAGCUCUGCAACCACGUUGGACAAGGGCAGGACCCAGAUCAGUUCAAAGAGGUGGGCGCGGUGCCAUCAUCGCCGCGACCGUCAGAAGUUCCUGGAGGCCCGCCCGAAGAGGAGCAGCCCCCCGGCAUGGCGCAGUGGGCUGGCUACCGCAGCGCUGUGACGCGCAGCCGCCGGUCGUCGCGCACGGGCACGUCGCUGGCCGAAGACGACUUGGACAGAUCCUGGCCCGUGCUGGAGGACCUGGCCGAGCCCGAGCCGCCCGAGCACUGUGCGCAGCCCGAGCCCGCGGGGCCGCCGGUGUCGGCCACCCGGUCGUUCGGCGAGGACCUGGCCGAGCCCGAGCCGCCCGAGCACCGUGCGCAGCCCGAGCCCGCGGGGCCGCCGGUGUCGGCCACCCGGUCGUUCGGCGAGGACCUGGCCGAGCCCGAGCCGCCCGAGCACCGUGCGCAGCCCGAGCCCGCGGGGCCGCCGGUGUCGGCCACCCGGUCGUUCGGCGAGGCGGCGUCGAAGCCGUGGACGCCGCCGGGAUGGCACAAGAGGAUCCUGGCGGCCUUCAGAGAAUCACAGCGGGAGGCCGAGGAGAGCGGCGGGUCCCGUAUCAGCCUGUCAUUUGGCAAGCGUCUGGUGCACGAGCCACCACCGCUCGAUGGACUGACCUUCGGUUUCACUAUUUCCUUUGGCUCAUGUGGAUAUGAGAUGCAACGCAGCGCAUUACCGCAUGGACCUAGGCCGCGGGCCACCCCGCCCGCGGAGGGGCGCGCCGCCGGCCUCGCGGCCGCGCCCCGCGCGGGCUUCGGCCGAUGCUGCCCCGGAGGUGAGGUCUUCCCGAGGUCUGGAUCAACGUAUGGCGGCACGUAUCUCGUGAUCUCUGGGUCGGGGUUCCUGUACCCAACCGAGGCGAACCCGUGGGAUGCUCAGGACGUCUACGUCGGUUCGAUCCCCUGCAACAUCAUUCAGCAUUACUCUGGCGGCUCGCAGAUUGUCUGCCUAACGGAGCCCUACACGUCCCACGAGAACUCUGGCUGGUUGACUGUGACCGUGCGGCAAUUCAGUGGCCUCGGGGACGCGGGGAUCGUGCAGAUGUCCAGCGCCUUCCAGUAUCAGACGUCGCAGACUCCGUUUUUGCAUUUCGCGGAAUCAUGGGCAGGUACCGGGGGCGACGUGCUACGGUUCAUGGGGAUCAUGCCCCUGGACUUUGACUCAGCUGGCCACGUGCGUAUAUCGAUCGGGGAAGCCCUCUGCGCGACUGAUAACGAAGUCUGGCCGCUUGAGCGGACAUGGAACCGCAGGCGCCGAUGGGACGAGAAGACGGUAUCAUGCCAGAUUCCUAAGGACGAGAUGGCACCCCCAGGCCUGUACAACGUCUCCUGGCGUUUGAACAUGUUGGAUCACGAGGAUGGGGCGUGCACUCAAGGCGCAUGCUUUCCCCUCUCGAGCAGCGACGUCAGCGGGUCGACAGACAGUUAUGGCUCCGGCGGGAUUGUGCCUUGGCUGAGCUCGAGCAUCGCCUCGUGGGGCUCCCAGUUCUACGGCACCGUGGAUCUCUCAACGGGGCGGCCGUACCACUUCACGGUGUACCCACAGGUGAACAGCAUCGAGCCUACUGUCGGCGGCAUUCACGGUGGCAACCUGCUCACAAUCUACGGCUCCUCCUUCUCUGAAACCCCAGCGGACAACCAGGUCAGCGUCGGCGGUGUCCCCUGCGAGGUUACCGCCGCGACCGCCAGCCAGCUGAAGUGCGUGCUCGGAGACCGCUCGCUCCACCCCGCGGUGCUGAGCGCUCGGAUGCCGCGCGGGCUCACGUGGACGUCGUUCACGGGAGGCGCGCGGCUCGACGGCGGAGUGCUGAAGGGCGGGCGGAUCGACUGGGUGGGGCGCACGUCCAUGUGGGGGCACACGGCGGCCACGACUACCAGUUUGUAG